AUGGAGCACCUCGCGCGCGCCAAGGCUUCUCGAUCUCGGAUAUACCAUCUCAUGGCCGAAGGGAUGGCUUUCAAGGUCACGGCCGCUCUCCGUGCAUCAAGAGUGGAGAAGUGGAUCCGCGGCGUCAAGAGGGACUUUCUCGACGCCGCACCGACCAAGUGUGUCCGCUUGGACUACGAUUUCACCGACCCUCGCGAGGGUGAUCAGCGCGCCGCCAUCCUUCAACUCUCGGUGGCGUCCAAGACUUUGUCAUUGCUGCUAGGGGUAACUCAAAAUACAGGGGUCGUGAUGCCCGACACCAACAUUGUUACCCAGAAUGAUUUACUGAUCGUGGGCCCAGGUGUGCUUGGGAGACUGGUAGCUGAGAAGUGGCUAAAGGAACAUCCUGGCUGCAAAGUUUUUGGCCAGACUGCAAGCACAGAUCAUCACAGCGAGCUAACCGAUAUGGGCAUCAUUCCCUCCUUGAAGGGAUCCACGAUUUCUCAGAAGGCUCCUUAUGUUAUUUUCUGUGCUCCUCCAUCUCGUUCUGAUGAUUAUCCUGGCGAUUUGAGAGUGGCUGCCUCAAAUUGGAGUGGUGAAGGUUCUUUCCUGUUUACAUCGAGCACAGCUCUCUAUGACUGCAGCGACAACAGAUUGUGCAACGAGGAUUGUCCAUCUAUUCCUGUUGGCAGAGGUCCUCGUACUGAUGUCCUUCUUAGAGCUGAAAAUGUUGUGCUGGAGGCAGGAGGCUGUGUUCUGAGGCUAGCAGGACUUUAUAAAAUAAAUAGGGGUGCUCAUUUUUUCUGGUUGAGGAAGGGAACAUUGGACUCGCGACCAGAUCAUGUUAUCAAUCAGAUCCAUUAUGAGGAUGCCGCGUCCCUUGCAAUUGCCAUAAUGAAAAAGAGACCUCGGGGUCGCAUCUUUUUGGGCUGUGACAAUAAGCCUCUUUCCAGGCAAGAAAUAAUGGACGCCGUUAACAAAAGUGGAAAGUUUGACACAGAAUUUCAAGGUUUUACUGGUACCGAUGGUCCAUUAGGGAAGAGGAUGGAGAACUCGAAAACUCGGGCUGAUAUUGGAUUGGAGCCCAAAUACCCAACCUUCACAGAGUUCCUUGGUGUCAGUAAUUAAUAGCCACAUACGUUGAACAAUUCUUCUUACUUCCUUGCGGGGCUUC